AUGGCCCAUACUGUUGCGAACAAGACCGAAUUUGACUUCAUUGUCGUGGGCGGUGGCACUGCCGGGUGCGUCGUGGCCGGCCGGCUCGCCGAGAACCCCAAGGUCAACAUCCUGGUCAUCGAAGCCGGCAUCAGCAACCCGGGUGACGUGGACGCCAUCACGACGCCGGCCCGCGCCUUCGAGCUGCGCGACAGCAAGCACGACUGGGCCUACAAGACAACCAUGAUCGACCGGCCCGAGUACACGCGCGUCGAGAAACCCAACACGCGCGGCAAGGUGCUCGGCGGCAGCAGCUGCCUCAACUACUACACCUGGAUACCGGGCAGCGCGGCCACCUACAACGACUGGGCCGAGUUCGGCGGCGACGAGUGGACUUGGGACAAGUGCCGCGAGUACCUGUACAAGCCGGCGACCUACCACGACGACCAGGGACUUUACCGGCCGGAGCUGGAGUACAUCGGCCAGGGCGGGCCGAUUCCGGUCUCCCACUCCGACCUGGUGCCGGACAUCCAGGACUUCCGCGUGGCGCUGACCAGCGCCUGGGCCAGCAAGGGCCAUCCGCUGACGGACGAUGUCCACAACGGCACGAUGCGUGGUCUGUGGAAAUCCGUCAACUCCAUCUACAACGGCAAGCGGUCGUCGUCGUGGCUGUAUAUCGUCGGCAAACCCAACGUCGCCGUCAUGGCCAAGACGCACUCCAAGCGGCUGCUGAUCGACGGCGGCAAGGCCGUCGGCGUCGAGGUCAUCGGCCCGGACGGCAAGGACUACUCGUUCCGCGCCAAGCACGAGGUGAUCGUCGCGAGCGGCGUGUUCGAGUCGCCCAAGCUGCUGCUGCUGUCCGGCAUCGGGCCCAAGGCGUCGCUGGCGCCGUUCGGCAUCAGCCCCGUGGUCGACUCGCCCCACGUCGGCCAGAACCUGCUCGACCACCCGAUCCUGGCGCACGUCUUCCGCCUCAACGACGGCUACGGCCUGGACCAGCACCUCCUGCGCGCCGGGCUCGAGAGGGACGCGGCCGUGUCGGCCUACCGGUGGAAGAACAAGGGCCCGCUGACGAGCGGGCUGCUCGAGCUGGUCGGCCUGCCGCGCAUCGACGAGCGGCUGAACCGGAUCCCCGAGUACGUGGCGGCCAAGCAGGCCAACGGCGGGCGCGACCCGUUCGGCCCGGCCGGCCAGCCGCACUUCGAGAUCGACUUCGUGCCCAUGUUCGCCGACGCGUUCCAGUGGCACAUCCCCACGCCGCGCCAGGGCGACUACCUGACCGUGAUUGUCGACCUGGUGCGCCCGCUGUCCCGGAGCGGCACCGUGACGCUCAACUCGGCCAACCCGCUGGACCAGCCCAAGGUCAAUAUCAAUUUCUUCGAGAACGAGCUGGAUAUCGUGGCGCUGCGCGAGGGCAUCCGCUGGGUCGAUGACAUCCUCAUGACGGGCGACGGCAUGAAGGACAUCAUCGGCGAGGACUACCCGUGGCCGAUGCCGCGGCACUCGGACGAGGCCAUGAACAAGAUGAUUCUCGAGCGGUCGCAGACUGGUUUCCACCCCUGCGGAUCCGCCCGGAUGGGCAAGGACAUCAACCAGGGCGUCGUCGACAGCCAGCUGCGUGUCCACGGCGUGCAGAACCUGCGCGUUAUCGACGCCUCGGUGAUCCCGGUCAUUCCGGACUGCCGUAUCCAGAUGUCGGUCUACAUGAUCGGCGAGCGUGGCGCCGACUUCAUCAAGGCCGCCCAUCCCGACUUGUAUGCCUAG